AUGGCAGGGGAGAAACCACGACUCACACUCGCCAAUCAAACGGAAUGGAGCAAAUGGCUGGCACGCGAAGCAGACCGAUCGGACGGGGUAAUGCUCACGCUCGUCAAGAAAGGCAGCACCCAACCGACCUCCUUGACUUACGAGGAAGCACGAGACGAAGCUCUCUGCCACGGCUGGAUCGACUCGACGGGCUACAAAGCCGAUGACUUGACCCACGUUCGUCGCUUUACUCCUCGGAGACCCAAGAGCGUCUGGUCGAAGUUGAAUAUCGAGUAUGUUGAUCGAUUACGGAGCGAGGGUCGAAUGAAGCCUCGUGGCGAACUCGAGAUCGAAAAGGCAAAAGCAGACGGAAGAUGGGAUGCCGCCUAUCAUCAGGCUUCCAACGUAGCACCCCCAGACUUACUCGCCGCCAUCGCCGCCGUCCCCGAUGCCCAGGCGCAAUGGGACAUACUGACCAAGGGCAACAAAUUCACCCUCUGUUUCCGCCUGGCAUCUCUGAAGACGGAAGCGGGGCGACAGAAACGCAUUGCCGCUACGGUCGAGAUGCUGGCGCGUGGAGAGACGCCGCAUCCGCAGAAGCGGAAGCGAGAGCUCGUCGAAUCGAAUGGAUCAGUGACGACGACGAAGCAAGUGAAAGUCCCGGCGAAGUCGAAGAUCUCCGCAACGCCCCCUGAGCAGACGCGGUCGUCGCAGCGUAGAUCCGGACGGCUGUCCGCUGCUGUGGAUGGGAAGUGA